AUGGGAUUUAUUGUUCCAGCACUAUAUUUUGGAGGAAACGGAAACAAACAAGAGGCUUUUAAGAAGUAUAUUUUGGUUCAGAAUAUCAUAGUAACUGCUCUAUCUGUGCCAAUAUUGCUAGCAGCAAGAGAAAAACCGCCUCAUCCACCAUCCAUAUUUGGUGGGGUUUUCAUUCUCUUCGGAUUGAUUGGAUCUGUUAUUUUUGGAAUAUUACUUGAUAAGUAUGGCAAGUAUAAACUUACCACAAACAUUAUUUCACUCGCAGUUAGUGUAGCUGUAGCUCUCACAUUUUGGACUCUUCCAUCUUAAAACACCUUUCUUUUAUCAGCUAAUAAUGGGAUGAUAGGAUUCUUUUUAACUCCAAUGCUCUCAACCAGUUAUACAUUUGCUGUAGAGCUAACUUUUCCUGUACCGGAAUCCAUCUCAAAUGGAAUGAUGGUAAUGGUUUCAUAAAUCUAUGGAUCAGCUAUUGUAAGCAAUUAUAUUGACUUUUUAAUAUGA